AUGGCCACCACUCUCCAACACUGCGAGGUGCCUUUCAAGGUUGUUGGUUAUCCUGAAGCCGAGGCGGCGUCCAAGAAAUGGACGGACGAAUACCUCCUGGACAGGAUGCAACGGUGCCCCCGGUGCAAUGUCAUGAAAUCAGUGUCGAAUCGUUUCAUGUUCUGGCACAAAAAGGGGGGUAAGCACGACGGUUCGUGGGAACCACCGACCCAACCGCAAUACAUGCCCUUCGAAAAGUGGCUCAAUUGGACGCAGGAGGCUGAGACCAACAGGAUCGGCCCUGAGGAUGUGCACUACUACCUCACCGUGGGCGUAAAACCGUCCAUGAAGACACCGCCGGACACUGGGGACUUCGUGGCGGACGACCUCCCAUUCUUCAGCACCAGCACCAACAACUUCUUCAUCCCUGAUGUCAGUCACCAGAAGGGUAUCCAAUGCCGCUUUGGGGCUAGGGGGAUUAUCGCCGAGAGCCACUUCGACCAUGGAAAAAACUUCGUGUUUAUGCUCAGGGGCCGCAAGCGUUACCUCAUGAACCCUCCCCGUGCGUGUCCGUCUCUGGGCAUCAUCACCGAGAGGGCUCACCCGUCGUUCCGACACUCGGACAUCGAUUGGUCAGACGAAUCUGAUUGGCCGGAGGGUUUCGCCGACGCUCCGGCUCUUGAGACCGUCCUGGAGGCUGGCGAGCUGCUGUACAUCCCCAGUUUCUGGUACCACUACAUCGUCUCUGAAGGGUUCAAUGUACAGUGCAAUGCAAGGUCUGGGCUAUCGCUGAGAAAGCAAUGGGUGGACGAAACAGAGAGUUGCAUGGGGCGGGAACUGAACCCCGACAAAAUGGUGGACUUGUUGAGGCGUUCCAAGAACAAGGGGGGCGGUGGCAUGGAGGGAAUGGCUGCAAGACUAGGAAGGGGUGGACGGGGGAAGGAGCAGGGACACCGAGAGCGGGCCGAGAAGAGGGGGCAGCGACCACACCACCCAUAGCCGGAGGUAGAGACCCUUUCUCUCCCUGGCCCUCGGCGGAUAAUAGCGGGAUCUGUACGCUUUGGGAAGGUUUUCUCGUCGGGGUAUUGUUGGGACGAUGAUGGGCGUCGUUUUAAGAAAUUGGGUUUUCUGGCGUCAGCGAGGACUGCUUCCG